AUGAGGAUAGGAGAAGAAAAGAAGAAGAGGAAGUGUGAAUGCGUGCGGGUGUACGUGGAUGAAGAAACCAAUCAGCUGUCACUUUCUGAGGUCAACUGCCCAAGGCAGGGGGCCCUCCCACCCAGCCAGGGAGCCCUCCCCAGCCCUCCCACCCAGCCAGGGAGCCCUCCCAGCCAGCUCCCACCCAGCCAGGGAGCCCUCCCCAGCCUCCCACCCAGCCAGGGAGCCCUCCCACCCAGCCAGGGAGCCCUCUCAGCCCUCCACCCCUACGGGGGGUUCUCUGGGAACUGUAUGGGCUGUGGAGAGAAGGGCUUUCGCUACUUCACUGAGUUCUCCAACCACAUCAACCUGAAGCUGAGCACCCAGCCCAAGAAACAGAAGCACUUGAAGUACCAUCUGUACAAGAACAGCCAGGGACUGCUGGUCAGAGGGGCUGCUAUCUGCUGGAAGGGCCUCGAGACUAGAGGGAGACAGACAGCGCCCAACACCUCUGACAGUCAUGUGAUCUCAGACGAGCACCUCCUCAAUCCAGCAGUCACCGCUCACCCUGGACACCCACCCGGCAGCUACACUGCCGGCGCCCCUGUAGGUCCAUCGGCCAGCCUUACCUGGCCGACCUUCGCCCUCCCCGACCAAUGGAGCCACACACCCCUAUCCCAGAAUCCUUUGCCCCAUACGGCCGUACUGUCCAAUGACCAGGGAGACCACAGUUUAUAG